AUGACGUCCGAAGAAGUUAAGGCUAGCGAGGGUGAAGCUGCUGACGCCGUCGUAGAAUCUUCGCCUCCUGCUGCUGCUCCUCCAAGCGACGACGCCGCUGCGGCUGCUACUGACGAUGCAGCGACGAAGCCUGACGCUGAACCGGCGAGCACGAACGGGGAGCCGGCAAGUGGCGAACCCGCUGAAGCAAACGGCGAGGAGUCGAAGGCUGAAGCCGAGGCUGCGACGACGCCUGCGAAGGAAGCUGCGAAGACGGAGGAGAAGCCGGCGGGCGAGGAAGGCACGGUCGAGUCUCCUGCUGUCCUAGCGUCACCAGGCACUCCCAGCGCAGCCGGCAUUCUGCCAGGAGCCCCCGCGAUUCCCGGUAUUCCUGGAAUGCCACUGGGUGCAGGCAUUCUCCCCGGCGCUGCAGCGGCGAUGAUGAUGCCGGGAGCGGCCAUGGCGCAGCAGGCGCAGCUGCUGCAGCAACAGCAGCUUCUCCAGAUGCGAGCGCUGGCUCAGGCGAAGAUGGCGGAGGCAGCAGCGGUGCAGCAGCAGCAGGCCACAACGACCCAGUCGAAUGCCCAGUGCCGCGUGUAUGUGGGAAGCAUUUUCUACGACCUCACCGAGUCUGAUAUUCUCCUCGCCUUCUCCCCCUUUGGUCCAAUCACCAAGAUCGACAUGCCCAAGGACGCGAGCACGGGCAAGCACAAGGGUUUCUGUUUCAUUGAGUUCACCAACCCUGAAACCGCCUCCACUGCCAUCGCUGCCAUGAACGACUUUACCCUCGCCGGCCGGCGCAUCAAGGUCGGCCGUCCCAACAACAUCGCUUCCCCUUCGCCUGCUGCGCAGACCAUUGCCAACCCUCUCGCGUUCAACCAAGCUGCAUUGGCGGCACCCAACCCCAACCUCCUCGCCACUGCCAAGCUCCAGGCGCAGGUGAUCGCGAGCAGCAUCAACCAGAAGGUCCCAGGGGUGGCAGAGGUGCCCCAGAAGCCAGCAGUGAACACGCGGGUGUAUGUGGGUUCCAUUGUCUACGACCUUGCAGAGCCCGACAUCAUGGCCAUCUUCCAGGCCUUCGGCCCCAUCAAGUCAUGCCAGCUCAUUCCCAACCCUGACACGGGCAAGCACAAGGGCUACGGUUUUGUUGAGUUUGAGACAGAGGAAGCAGCCAAGGGUGCCAUUCAGUGCAUGAAUGGGUUUCAACUGGGUGGCAGACAGCUCAAGGUCGGGUGGGCUUCAGCAUCCCACGCCCCAACUUCUGCCUCACCAGCAGCACCCGCCUUCCCAAGCGCCAUUCCAGGCAUGCCGGCUAUCCCGGGUUUCCCUGGGGCUGCCCUGCCCGCAGCAGCAGGAGGGGCCGGGCUGAUGGGUGCAGUGCCUGGCGCUGUUGCUGCUGCCUCCCCAGCAGAGGCGGCGGCGUCCCUGCCAGCGUCCCCCUGUCGCUGCAUCGUGAUGCGGAACAUGGUCACUCCAGAGGAGGUGGAUGAUGACCUGCAGAGCGAGGUGACAGACGAAUGUGGCAAGUUUGGAAAGGUGGAGCGGGUUGUCAUCUACCAGGAGCAACAAUCGGAGAAGCCAGGCGAUGCGAUUGUGAAGAUCUUUGUUCUCUUCUCAAGCACCCCAGAGGCACAGGCAGCGCAGCAAUCGCUGCACAACAGAUGGUUCGGAGGCCGGCAGGUCAUUGCAAGCUUCUAUCCGGAAGUGCUAUUCCUCUCGUUCCUCGGCAGCCGUCCGUCAGAUUCUCGGUCAAAUUCCCGCUGUGUGUCGACGCUAGGCCCGGGACUAUCAUCGGCGGUUGGAGCUACGUGCGUGGAGUCUCCUUUUUCCGUUUUCCAAAGACACAUGGCGACUGCUGGACAAGUUAUCAAGUGCAAGGCGGCGGUGGCGUGGGCGCCGAACAAGCCGCUGGUGAUCGAGGAGGUGGAGGUGGCGCCGCCACAGGCGGGGGAGGUGCGGAUCCGCAUCACACACACCGCGCUCUGCCACACGGACGCGUACACUCUCGACGGCCACGACCCUGAGGGGCUCUUUCCGUGCAUCCUUGGACACGAGGCUGCUGGUAUCGUGGAGAGUGUGGGUGAGGGAGUCACGAGCGUGCAGCCGGGCGACCAUGUGAUUCCGUGCUACCAGGCGGAGUGCCGCGAGUGCAAGUUCUGCAAGUCGGGGAAGACCAACCUGUGCGGCAAGGUCCGCCCAGCCACUGGCCGUGGUGUGAUGCUGUCGGACGACAAGCCCCGCUUCUCCGUGCGCGGAGAACCCAUUUACCACUUCAUGGGCACGAGCACGUUCAGCGAGUACACUGUUGUCCAUGACGUGUCAGUUGCAAAGAUCAACCCAGAGGCGCCGCUCGACAAAGUGUGCCUGCUGGGCUGCGGCAUCCCCACCGGGCUGGGAGCUGUGUGGAAUGCAGCCAAGGUGGAACCCGGAUCCACUGUUGCCAUUUUCGGCCUGGGCACUGUUGGGCUCGCGGUGGCGGAGGGCGCAAAGGCAGCCAAGGCAUCGCGCAUCAUAGGCGUUGAUAUCGACCCGGCCAAGUUCGACACAGCCAAGGCAUUCGGUGUGACGGAGUUCGUCAAUCCCAAGGACCACAGCCGGCCCAUCCAAGAGGUGCUAGUGGAGCUGACAGACGGGGGAGUGGACUACAGCUUUGAGUGCAUCGGGAACGUGGCAGUCAUGCGCGCUGCUCUCGAGUGCUGCCACAAGGGGUGGGGCGAGUCGGUCAUUAUCGGGGUCGCAGCAGCAGGGCAGGAGAUCUCCACGCGGCCGUUCCAGCUGGUCACGGGGCGUGUGUGGCGUGGCACUGCGUUUGGCGGGUUCAAGAGCCGCACGGAUGUGCCUCAGCUGGUGGACAAGUACUUGAACAAGGAGAUCAAGGUGGAUGAGUACAUCACGCACAACCUCCCUCUCUCGAAGAUCAACGAGGCCUUUGACUUGCUGCAUGGGGGCAAGUGCCUGCGUGCUGUGAUUCACAUGGAAGAGCAGUGA